CUUUCGUUAAGUUUGUUCUGUCACUAAUCAGCGAAUAAAAAUAAACAAAACGUUUCUAGUUUGCUUCUGCUUCGCAAAAAUUGUUUGAAAUCGUUUCAAAAAAGUAUCGGAAACACUAAACUGCAUAGAAAAUGUCCGCUGACCUGCCGCCGGUCAAGCGCUACCGCCGCGAGGAAAAGGAUUCGGAUGCCAGUGACCACGAGGAGAACGACGACAAGUACGUUCCGUAUGUGCCGGUCAAGGAACGCAAAAAGCAGCAGCUGCUCAAAAUGGGCCGGAUAGUGCAGCUGACGGCGGAGGCUUCCAACGUGGGCAAAUCCUCCAGCGAGAAUGAACACGACGAUGAGAAUGCCGAGGAAGCGUGGGGCCGCAAGUUCAACAUUAGUCUGUUAGAUCAGCACACGGAGCUGAAGAAAAUUGCCGAGGCCAAGAAGAUUAGCGCUGUCGAGAAGCAGCUCAAGGAGGAAGAGAAAAUCCUCGAAAGCGUCGCGGAGAAGAAAGCCCUCAUGGGUGUGGCCGAAUUGGCCAAAGGCAUCCAGUACGAGGAUCCAAUCAAAACCAGCUGGAAGCCGCCCCGCUACAUCCUGUCCCGGACGGAUGCAUCGCACGAAAGGGUUCGCGAAAAGAUGCGGAUACUGGUCGAUGGCGAAAAUGUGCCGCCUCCCAUCUGUUCCUUCCGAGAGAUGAAGUUCCCCAAAGCGAUUCUGGCUGCGCUCGAAAAGCGUAACAUCCGAAAACCGUCCCCCAUUCAGGUGCAAGGUAUCCCUGCGGUGCUAUCCGGUCGGGAUCUGAUCGGAAUUGCAUUCACAGGUUCGGGGAAAACGCUGGUCUUUGUGCUGCCGAUCGUCAUGUUCUCGUUGGAGCAGGAACUCCGCCUGCCCUUCAUCAGCAAGGAAGGUCCCUAUGGGCUGAUCAUUUGUCCGUCCCGAGAAUUGGCCAAACAGACGCAUGAUAUCAUUCAGUACUAUUGUCAGCAUCUGCAGAUGUCCGGAAUGCCCGAAAUACGCUCAGCGUUGGCCAUAGGCGGCGUUCCGGUUAAUGAUGCUUUGGCCACUAUCCAGCAAGGGUGUCACAUUAUGGUGGCAACGCCGGGGCGAUUGAUGGACAUGCUGGACAAGAAACUGCUCAAGCUGGACGUCUGUCGGUAUCUUUGCAUGGAUGAAGCCGAUCGGAUGAUCGAUGCCGGUUUCGAGGAGGACAUCCGAACGAUUUUCUCGUACUUCAAAGGACAGAGACAAACGUUGCUUUUCUCCGCUACUAUGCCCAAAAAGAUUCAGAACUUUGCCAAAUCCGCCCUGGUGAAACCGGUCACAAUCAAUGUGGGUCGUGCCGGAGCUGCUUCUAUGAAUGUUACCCAGGACGUGGAAUAUGUCAAGCAGGAGGCCAAAGUUGUCUAUCUCCUGGAUUGCCUUCAGAAAACUCCUCCCCCAGUGCUGAUCUUCGCUGAAAAGAAGCAAGACGUGGAUGCCAUUCACGAAUACCUUCUACUGAAGGGUGUGGAAGCCGUGGCUAUUCACGGAGGCAAGGACCAAGAGGAGCGUUAUCGUUCGGUCGAGGGCUUCCGAAAUCAGGAAAAGGACGUGCUCGUGGCUACCGACGUCGCUUCCAAGGGUCUCGAUUUCCCGGACGUGCAGCACGUGAUCAACUACGACAUGCCGGAUGACAUUGAGAACUACGUCCAUCGGAUUGGUCGUACUGGUCGAUCCGGCUCCAAAGGCCUCGCCACAACCUUCAUCAACAAGGCCACCGAGCAGUUUGUGUUGCUGGAUUUGAAACAUCUGCUGAUAGAGGCCAAACAGAAGGUUCCACCCUUUCUGGGCGAACUGUGCUCCGAGACGGAGAAAUAUGCCGACCUGGGCGAUGGGUGCAGUUAUUGUGGUGGUCUUGGCCAUCGGAUUACCGAAUGUCCGAAGCUGGAGGCGAUUCAGAGCAAGCAGGCGUCGAAUAUUGGACGGAGAGAUUAUCUGUCCAACACGGCAGCCGAUUAUUAAAUGUUGCAGAUGGUACAUGCUCAUUCUAUAUCACCGUCCAGUUCGUACACUAUUGGAAGGCCCCUAUUCUUGGCCGAGUGGUUAGAGUCGGCCACU